AUGCCCAAGAUCAAACCCCGGAGCUCACGUCGUGCUCCACCGCUCAAGGAGAGCGACUACGACCACGAGAUCAUCCUCGUCGACAGCGCGGCGGAUGACGCAGGCACGAACACCAAUGCCGUGGACGCAGGCGAUGGAGCGGCGCCAGAGACUAACGUGGCGACGGCUGCCGGCCCGUCCGCCGAAUCGUCGGCACCAAACACGGCUAUCGACACCGGCGAUGGUGCGGGUGAUGAAGCUACGAGCCGACAACCCUCGGACACGGCCCUGACUCCUAAUCCUGCAAGGCCACUAUCGCAAGUGCCCUCCGCGUCAUCUUCUACGCCGCUUCUGAAUACGCUGUCGACCGUUCCAACAGCCACCAUUGAUGCUAGCCGCGCCCCGAAGAAUCCACCACAAGAACAAAGUUCCUCCAGAUAUGGAAGCAUAUCCAAAAUCGUGUCGGUGCCAGAGGGCAGAGCACCGUCCGUCCUAGUCGAAGACGCAACACCCGACGGCGAGGUCCCCAGCGGCACCAAUACAAAAGGCAAGCAGACGGCGGUAACAAGAGCAGAUGCAACACCCGUCACUGCGCAACCCAGCCGCCAGUCCAUGCAGUCCGUGCGGUCUGCGCAGUCUGCACAAUCCGUCCGCCUCGAGUCUGAGGCCGCUAUCGACAUCCUUUAUGAAAAUGAGCGCGGCGGGUUUCUCUGCGGCAUUCCCCUGUUUUCACGUCAAGCCCUAGGCAACCUCGACCCUUCGCCAUGGACCAACUACGCUCACGGCACCAGUCCGACCGACAUCAGAACGGCACAGGUGCCGGACCCGACGUGGGAGUGGGCGUGGCCUGAGUGGCGCAUCAACCGUGACGAACAGGGCGUACAGGACGAGAACGGCUGGGAGUACUCGUUCAUGUUCGCCAAGUAUUUUACGUGGCACGGACCGACGUGGUACAACUCUUUUGUACGCCGGCGUGCGUGGAUCCGGAAGCGCGUCCGGCGCAAGGUCCGGCGCAAGAACACAUCUGCCUCGUCUGCCGCUGCUUCAGUCAUGGGGCUCGGCGAGAUUGACAGCGUCACGGACCCUCACCUGCUCAAUCCCGAGUAUUUCACCGUCUUGUCGGCCUCAGAAACACGCCGCAGCUCUAGCAGAGUGAGCAGCCGCCACGCCAGCCGCCUUAGCCUGGGAGCGGCGAGCGUGGGCAGUGGUCCAGGCGAGGGCGCGAGCGGCGGUGAGGGGGAGGUCGAUGGCCACGAAGGCCACGACGGUGGGUACAUUGAGAUGCCCAAAGAGAUCCUCGAUGCCGAUAUCCUUAUGUGCUUCUUGCGGGCGGCGCGCAUCGACCGGGAAAAGAUUGAGGCCGUGGACAAAUUCAUUCACGACGCCCGCGAGGAUCUUGUCCGCCUACAGGACUGUAUGCACGAGAUCAUGGCUUUGUUUGUCUUCCAGGCAUCGCGACGAACGCUACUGACUCAACUGAUCGAAGCACGCGACGAAGCGGUAGAGACAAAAGAGAAGGCCGCCGCAGAUAUCGAGGCCUCUGGGGCCGACAAGGGCAAAGUCGCAGAAGCAGGGACUCGCCCGAAACCCGCAAACGACGAUGCCGAUGCCGUACACAAACUGCAGGCACUUGGACGCCGCGUCGGCUAUCUUAAUGCUGCCGUGAAACACGCCGACGAGGAGGUGCGCCGCUUAGAGUACUGGAGCGACAUCAAGGCCAUGGCACGUCGCGGAGAAACGAACGGCGCAGUCGGCCAAGGCGAAUGGGAUGCGCACCAGUGGCAGGGUGUGGACAACAGCGGCCCCAAGCCUCCUCCGCCCAAGUCGCCCACCUAA